UUUUUUUUUUCCCCCGCAGGGAGGUCAAGUGUUAUCUUUAUUUUCCCCCUUUUCCACUAAAUCAGGCACCGGUCUCCCCGCGGCCCCCCCAGAGCCCCUCCUGGAUGGAGUGAGGCCGGGAGGGCCCAGACGGUGGCGAGGCGCCCUUCUUGGCUGGGUGAGGGGGGGGGGAAGACUCGCCAGGUUCUGACGCUGGAAGCCAUGUGAUGGCCCCCUCGCUAUAAGGCGGGGAGGAAGGCUGCCCUCCCUGGGACUAAGCCCCAGCCUUUUUACCGUGUUUCCUAAGGCCCAGCAAGCCAUCCCCUACGCCCUCCCUCCUCGCCAGCCUCCUCCCCUCUCCUCCUCCCAGGACUAGGCGCGCUCCCUCCUGCCCCGCAUCCAUUAAUGUCUGGGGGCUGAGGUGAGGAGAAAGAAGGGGAAACUGACUUCCAGGAGAGACGGCACAAUCUCCCUGCGCCCACAAUAACUGAUCCCAACCGAAAAAAAACCCGAAAAAUAUCCCCAAAACGGGGGAAGGGAAGGGGAGAAAAGAGAAAGAGAGAAAUCCAAACGGCAGCAAAAAAUACCCCGAAACAAAACCCUGACCAGCCGCCGCCUCCGAGCGGGCGGCGGGAGCGCUCCAGGGGCGCGGCAGCGGCGCUGGGGGCCGGCGCGGCUCGGAGCGGCCCGGCUGCCCGUGGCGGCGGCGGGGCGGCUCUCCGCGGAGCGGCGCGGAGGCCUGGCGGCGGCGGCGAAAGCGCCCGCUCGCCCGCCGCGCCGCGCCGGCCGCCACCGAUGCGCUGCCCCGCCGCCGCGCCAUGACCCUUAGCUCGGAGAUGUCCGAGGCGUCGACUCUGGCUGAGGAGACCGACAUCGAUGUGGUGGGCGAGGAAGACGACGAGGAGGACGACGAGGAGCCACGGACCCGCCGCCGCCGCCGCUCCUACGCCGAGGACGAGGAGGAGGACGAGGACGACGACGAGGAAGAGGACGAGGAGGAUGUGGGCGACCUCCACGCCGCCGCCCUGCUGCCGCGGUCGCCCGUGCGCGGCGGAGGCGUAGGUGGCGGCGGCGGCGGGGCGGGCGGCGGGGACGCUGCCGGUGGCUCUCGGCCCCCCUCGCGGGGCGGCCCGCAGAAGGCGACGGCGGGCGGCGGCGGGGCGGGCGGCGGCGGCAGCGGCGGCGGGGCGGGCAGCGGCGGCGGCAAGAACAGCCUGGUGAAGCCGCCCUACUCCUACAUCGCUCUCAUCACCAUGGCCAUCCUGCAGAGCCCCAAGAAGAGGCUGACGCUGAGUGAGAUCUGCGAGUUCAUCAGCGGGCGCUUUCCCUACUACCGGGAGAAGUUCCCUGCGUGGCAGAACAGUAUCCGCCACAACCUCUCCCUCAAUGACUGCUUCGUCAAAAUCCCCCGGGAGCCCGGCAAUCCUGGCAAGGGCAACUACUGGACGCUUGACCCCGAAUCCGCCGACAUGUUCGACAACGGGAGCUUCCUGCGUCGCCGAAAGCGCUUCAAGCGGCAGCAGCUCCCGGCGCCCGAGCUUCUGCUGCGCGCCGUGGACCCCGCCGCCUUCCUCCCGCAGCCUCCGCCGCAGCCCCCGCAGCAGCCGCCCUGCGCCUACGGACCCUACGGCUGCGGCUACGGUCUCCAGCUCCAGCCUUACCACCCCCACUCCGCCCUCUUCGCCUUCCACCACCCCUCUCCGCCGCCCCGCCAGCCCCCUGCCGCCCCCGGCAGCGCCCCCGGUGCGGCGCUGCCCCCCGCCGCCGCCGCGCCGCCGGGCCCCUUGCUGCCGGCGGCGGAGCUGGCACGGACGCCCUUCGGCUUCGCGCACCCGCUGGGCCCGGCGCUGGCGGCCUCGCUGCACUCCGCCAAGCCCGGCAGCGGGGCGGCGCUGGCCCGCUCGCCCUUCUCCAUCGAGAGCAUCAUCGGGGGAAGCCCCGGCCCCGGCGCGGGCAGCAGCUGCGCCUCGCAGUCGACCGCGGCGCCGGGGCUGGUCCGCUCGCUGGGGAGCGCCGGGAGCGGCCUGCCCCCCGCCGCCGCCCUGCCCGCCACCCCCGGCUUCGCGGCACGGAUCUCUAACUGUUAAGUGUUUGGGAGUCUUUCCGAAGGUAGGAUCUGGGGUAUCUCCUUUUCCGCCGCUCGGACGCCCGGCGGACGCUGCCCGCAGGGGCUGCCUGUCUUUGCGUGGGGAUAAUUGUGAUGGGGCUCGGGGGCCGUCCGCCGCCAGCGACGGACCUCCCGUGACCUUCACUAGUGCAAAGCCAGGUGUAGAUCUAGAUACUGCACGGGCAGGCGGUCACUACAUCGGAAAGUUACUCGCUACUCCUUAAAAAGAAACAAAUACGGUGAUAAAUAAUGUCUCUAAACCUAAAGUUCAGAGAUUCUCAGGUCUAGAAGCUUGAAAACAGUAAUGUACAGGAGAGAAAAAAGGCUUGAGGGAGGACAGCAGAGCAAUACUUUUUCAUUUAGUACACUUGUCUCAUGUACUUUUAUAAAAGAAAAGAUUAACGUGUUUACACAGAAGAAAGUCAAGAUUAUCAUUUCUUAUUUUAACCUGUGUUUUGUAUUAUAAUAGACUUACGGAGUUUUUUAUUUUGUACUUUAUGCGUAUUCUUUACAAGGAAUAUUGUUAAAAUUACUGGCAAGUAUUAUUGUACCAUUUUAAUGUAAAAUUUUUACACAUUUUCAAAAAUAAAAUUUUUAAUUUUCAAAAAAAAAAAAGAAAAAAAACAGAACAAAAAAAAAAACAACAAAACCAAACCCAAAGACCAAAGGAGCCCAGCCAAACAACUGGCUUUGGAUCCUUCCCUCCUUAGCACUUCUCCUUUUUUUUUGGGACAUUGAUUUUUUUUUUCUUUGGGAUUAAUAGCACAAUAGUCAAGGAAUAUUCUAGCUUGAAAUUUAUUAUGUGCAGAUUUGACUGCAAAGAAGAAAAUAAAAAUACGAUAUUUGCAGUCAAUGCAUUGUUAACCCUAGCAGAUAAAGAAUGACAGAAAACCCAAAACAAACUAAACAAUCAAAAAAAAAAAAAAGAAAGAAACCACACAACACCGACAAAAAAAAAAAACCCAACCAAACAAAAAAACACUCCACAAAAAACAGCAGGAACGAAAGAGGGGAUAAAUAGAAAUAGGUCUCUCUGGAGGGAGUAAAGCCCAGUUCUGCAAGGCACCAAUCAGGGGAUUGAUUUAAAAAGCCAGUUUAAAACUAUUUUUAUACUUUUGGGUGUGUUUUAAAUCACAAAUGCAUCAUAGCUUGGUUUCCAAGAGGCCCAAAGGAAAAUACUACUAAUGAAGGGCAUACAUUGAACUUAAGAGAGAUUUGUUCUAGACACUUAUGUUUCUGUGAUGAUGAUAAUAGUGGCAUGUGUUUCUACUUUUCAAUACAUAAAAUAUAAAAUGCGCUUUGUAAUAUCCUCGUGUGACGAGUUGAUUAAGUUUAUAAGCUGUCGAAGUAAGGAUGUACAAAACCAGCCAUGAAAGCAGCUUUUCUGAUUCCAAACAUUCGUUUUUAAGAUCCAUAGAUAUCUAUUUUAUAGACUAAAAAAAAUUUAACCAAAAAUCCGGCCUCAAAUAUUCAGAGCUUAUAUCUGGAAAAGAGAAUUGCGUGUUUUAAGAGUAGACGUGUGAAUGUUUGUUGUGGACUAGGAAUAUACGUUUUUCAAACCAGGGAGGCACUUUUCAACUACGACUGUAUUUAUAACAAUUUAGGAGUCUCGGGGAUCAAAUAUGUGAAUUUUCAUAAUAAAAAAAAAAAAAAGAAAAAAGGGAGGGAUGCCUUUUAGUGCUCUUUGGAGUGAGGAGGGGUUUUACGUGUAGAAGUAUUUUGUCGCCUGGGUUUUAAAUAUUCUAGUAGAUAGAAAGGUGGUGCUUCUCCAUUUUGUUUGUAGCAAUGUUGUGUUAAAAUAGUGGGUUUCCAAAAGCAGAAAGACGGGACAUAAGAUCUCUGCUAGGCUCCAUUUAUACUCUGGAGCUAGCAGGCCUCUUUGGGUGUUCCGGGUUCCUCAGCAGAAAAAGAAGCAAAGUCCCUUCUAAUUUCUAAAACAAAAGGGAAAAUACCCCAGAGGCACCGUGCACCUAUUCUCCAGGGAGAGUGAGUUUUUUUCAAGAGAGAUCGAUUAAUUCAAUUUCCCCGGGACUGGCCGGGGGAUGCGCAGGGCCGACACGGGCCGGUGCAGCGCGGAGUACCGAGCUAAGCUGAGGCCCCCCUCGAAGAGGCAGAUAAAAUCAAGCAGGGAAAUGUUUUCCGGGAGAGAAGGCAGCUGUGGCCUUGCGGCGGUGCGAGGCUCCCCGAGGAGGGAUGCUGCUGGCCCUCAGUUUGGGCUCUGUCUGCUCGGGUCCUAGGGAUCUCCGCGAGCAGUUACAUGAGAAGGGUAGAUUCCGGCGACCCACACUGUGUUUGUUUCUCUUGGCUUCUCCGCAAUAGACCUCGGGGAGCCCGGCGACCUCCCCCACGCAAAGCCCAGCCCGGCCCACGCCGGUGAGCAGUGGGGUCUCAGUGUGCCCACUGCCCGUCCCUCAGGUCUCCUCAGAGGUUUAUGGCAAGCAAACUGCUUGGCCACUUGUUUCUUCCACGUUUUUCGCCGGUUGCCCCCAUCCCGUGCGGACAAGACCUUCCCUUGGGAUUUGCUUAGGGAAGGUGACAGAAGAAAAUUGCAGUAGGUAGUAUAGAUUUCUC